CUUGUUUUCAAUCUUGAUGCUGUUACAUGUUCUCAAAGACACAUGCGACUCCUGACUCCAGCAUGGAGCUGUACUCAAAUACGAUGGACUCCAAUUCAUCAUAGCCCAGGUCGUCCGAGUCGGCGACUGUUUGCCAGCUCAUCAACGGACUCGACGCCAGACAGCGACGACUGGGAGACGAUCAUUGGCUUGGAGAUUCAUGCACAGAUCAAGACGCCACACAAACUCUUCUCCCGAGCCUCUACAUCUUACGCAGACCCUCCUAAUGCCAACGUUGAGCUCCUAGACGCUGCCAUACCUGGUACCUUGCCAGUACUCAAUCGCGAUGCGGUCCGUUUGGCCCUCCUGACCUCAAUAGCCCUCAAGUGUGAUAUUAACAAACGAUCAACAUUUGAUCGCAAGCAUUAUUUCUACCAUGAUAUCCCUGCUUCUUACCAAAUCACUCAGCAUUAUAAUCCAAUCGCACGCAAUGGCAGACUAGCCAUAAGAGACGGAGAUUGGGGUUCUCAGCGAGCCUUCAAUGUAGGAAUCCAACAACUCCAGAUAGAACAGGACACGGCAAAGAGUCAGAUCAUGGGAAGUGACAGACUCAUCGAUCUGAACAGAGGGGGAGCGGGCUUGAUGGAGAUCGUGACUGAUCCCGAUAUGCGGUCACCAGAAGAAGCUGCAGCAUUUGUUCGCAAGCUGCAGUCUGUCUUGCGUCGUAUAGGAUCAGGCGACGGGGAUAUGGAGAAAGGAAACCUCAGGAUAGAUGCCAAUGUAUCUGUCAAUCGACCUGGAGAGGCUUGGGGUACACGAUGCGAGAUCAAAAACUUGAACUCGCUGCGAUUCCUACAGCAGGCUAUCAAAUCUGAGAGGUUGAGGCAAAUAGCCCACUAUACAUCACAACCCGGCAUCCCCUUGCAGAGAGAGACACGAGGUGUCAACGAAGUAACUGGAGAGACAUACUCCCUGCGAAGCAAGGAAGAUGCUAUGGACUACCGUUACAUGCCUGAUGCAAAUCUGCCAGCUAUGGUGAUUGAUGAAGCGUAUCUUUCAAAACUUCGACAUGAGGUCCCUGAGCUCCCUUGGGAAACCGUGGAUCGCAUGUGUACCGCAUACGAUGUUCAGAAGCGCGAUGUUGAAACCUUGAUCGGAUUGGACGAAGUUAACGGUCAGGGCCUGAGUUACUUUGAAGGUGUGGUACAGGACGACCCCUCGUUAGGCAAACCAGCCAUGAUUUGGAUCAAUCAUGUCCUUCUCGGACAAUUGACAAAACUCGGCAAGACUUGGUCACCCGAAGUCAUUCCAUUCUCCCUGAUGCGGGACCUGAUACAAGCUGUAAUCGAUGACAAGCUCACCAACGAAGCGGGCAAACAGGUCGUUCAUCACAUCAUCGACCAGGGACAUAUUGCAGAUAUGUCUCUCGGAUCAGUCUUGAAAGCCUUGAACAUCUCAACAGACGUUUUAUCCGAAAGAGCUCUCCGGAUGAUCUGCAUUGACGUAGUUCGUCAGCUCACCCCUAAAGACCUCGCAAUGAGGGAUAAGAAAGGCCGUUUACCUAUCGGGAUGGUCAUUGGCAAAGUAAUGGCUCAGACUAAAGGGCAGGCGAACGCUAUACAAGUGAAGAAGAUAUUAGAGGAACUUUUGAAGGAUUUCAAGUGAUCACAGAGCGUGAUUGAGGAUAGCGAAGCCGAUGGUCAUACAUGUAUCUCCGUGA